AUGGUCGAAGAUUCCAAGGUUAGAGAUGCAUCAAAAAUUAAUAGUCAAAGAAAAGCGUUACCUGCUUCAUUGGUUCCACAAGCUCCGCCAGUACUAACUUCGAAGGAUAAAACAACUCAGAGGCUGAUCGUUGUUUUAAGUCAAGCGUCUUUGGAAACACAGAAGAUUUCUUCUGGUGGUCCUGGCGGCGAUAAAUUUGCGUUGCUGAAUUGCGAUGAUCAUCAAGGUUUACUAAAGAAAAUGGGUAGAGAUAUCAGUGAGGCAAGACCGGAUAUCACACAUCAGUGUCUGUUAACAUUACUGGAUUCUCCAAUAAAUAAAGCCGGUAAACUUCAAGUAUACAUUCAGACCAGUCGAGGGGUAUUGGUGGAGGUUAAUCCUACGGUACGUAUUCCAAGAACUUUUAAAAGGUUUUCAGGACUAAUGGUCCAAUUGUUGCAUAAAUUUUCUAUUAGAUCAGUUAAUUCUGAAGAGAAGCUGUUGAGAGUCAUCAAAAAUCCAAUAACUGAUCACUUACCUACAAAAUGCCGUAAGGUGACGCUAUCCUUUGACGCACCUGUGGUCAGGGUGCAAGAUUAUGUUGAAAAGCUGGAUUCGGACGAGAGUAUAUGUGUAUUUGUUGGUGCUAUGGCAAGAGGUAACGAUGUAUUUGCAGAUGAAUUUAUUGAUGAGAAGGUAGGAUUGUCUAACUAUCCAUUGUCAGCCUCUGUGGCAUGUUCUAAAUUUUGCCAUGGCUGUGAGGAUACAUGGAAGAUUUUGUAG